AAGGGAGAUCGAGGCAAACCUGGUCCUGUGGGCACAGCGGGUGCCCGGGGAGGAAAGGGCCUCCCCGGCUUCAAGGGCUACUCAGGGCCUGAAGGUGGCAAAGGAGCUGCGGGAGCGAAAGGAGAGCUGGGCCAGCAGGGUCCUCUUGGGUCACCAGGCGAGGCUGGAGCACCAGGGUUAAGUGGCACCAAGGGCCCGAUGGGUGUGAAAGGGAAGCCGGGCAAACCAGGGAAACCAGGACAAAAGGGGUCUCAAGGACGAGCUGGUCCUGGAGGGCAGAAAGGUCAUAAAGGAGAGAAGGGCGACACCGGGCGCGAAGGGGCAGAGGGGCUCCCUGGAGAACCUGGCAGAAGGGGCAAGCGAGGCAAGGCUGGCCACCGGCCACCAAGAGGCCCCUGGGGACUCAAGGGCUUCCCAGGUGAAGCGGGGCUGGAAGGGCCCCAGGGACCCCAAGGACCUUAUGGUGUUCCUGGGCUGAAAGGCUUGAAAGGAAAUGCCGGCCCCAAAGGGCAGAAGCCUUUCGGUGUCGCAAGCGGUGGUUUAAUCCCUACUCUCAGCAUCGCUAUUGACCCUGCAAAUGCAGACACCUUCUUGUGCUACUUCCUGCUGUGA